AUGUCUUUCAAUGACAGAGGUUCAAUCAAAAAAACCUCUAUACCAUCUAUAAACACUAAUAAUAAUAAUAAUAAUCCAAAUAACAAUAAUAGUAGCAAUAAUAAUAAUAGAAGUAAUCAUCAACAACAAACACCAACAAGAAGUGUUCAAUCAAUACCAUCGCUAUUGAAAACUAACCCUUAUCAACGAAAUGCACCUUUAUCAAUUAACAAUGUUAGUGUGAAAAAUAUAAAUAAUCAAACACCUCAACCUAAAAGAGAAUCUCAAUUUACAAAUAAUUUCACUAAUAGCACUAAACAAACAUUCUCACCCACAGCUUCAACAACAACAUCAUCAUCAUCAUCAUCUUUUAUAAAAUCGUUAAAUAGUAAAAAUAGUGCCUCUAAUUAUUUACCUAAAGUAUAUAUAGAAGAUGUUGAUUUUAACUUUGAUGAUCUUUCAAAUGAAGAAAAUGAUGAUCCAAUAAUUGUAAUAAAUAAUAAUAAUAAUAAUAAUAAUAAUAAUAAUAAUAAUAAUAAUAAUAAUAAUAAUAAUAAUAAUAAUAAUAAUAAUAAUAAUAAUAAUAAUAAUAAUAAUAAUAAUAAUAAUAAUAAUAAUAAUAAUAAUAAUAAUAAUAAUAAUAAUAAUAAUAAUUUAAAAAGUAAUAAUAGUUUAAAAACCACUACAACUACAACCACAACAACCACCACUUCUCCUGUAAUUGAUAAAAAGAAUUUUAGUAAUACAAAUAUUUUUGAACCAUCAAAUAAAAGACUAAAAGAAGAUGAUGAUGAAAAUUUUAAUUUCUUUAUAAACGAAGAUGAUAUUUCAGAUUUAGAGAGUUUAUCAUUCCCCGAUAAUAAUGAUAACAAUCCUGGUAAUAAUCCAAAUAAUCCAAAUAAUAAUAUAACAAUAGAUAAAGAUGAUAAUGAAAAUAGGAGACAUGAAUCACCUCAACUACAACUAUCAUCACUAGUAGAAAAAACAAACACAUCUGUGUCAACUCAUGUAAAUUUGAAUAAUAUUGAUGAUAAUACAUCGACUACUAGCGAUAACAAAAACAAUAACAAUACAGAAAGUGUCCCUGCAACACCAUCACCUGUAACUCCUACCAAAGUGAAAUAUACACCCACACGAUCAGAAAGAAAUAAUAUUAGAAAAGCUCCAAUACCGAAACCUCCUCAUUUAGAAGAUUUUCAAGUUGAAGAAAAAAGACUUCAAUUCUAUUUAAAUAAAAAAGGAAUCACUAGAAACUAUUAUAAUGAUAAUAAUAAUAAUCAUAAUAAUAAUAUUGUAAAUAAUCAUAACAUAAUAAACUCGAAUAAUAAUUUAGGUAAUAGUAAUUUAACCUCUACCACUACUACUACCACCACAACUACCACUACAACAACUAUAAAUAACAACUCCAAUGAAAUGAAGCAAUCACCACAACCACAAUUAUUACAACAACAACAACAACAACAACAACAACAACCACAACAACAACCACAACAACAACAACAACAACAACAACAACAACAACAACAACAACAACAACAACAACAACAACAACAACAACAACAAAAUAUUGACCAAAAUGAUGAAGUUAUAGAACUAAAGAAAUCAUUUAAGAGAAAAAUAUCAGAUGGAGAUGAGGAUGUCUCAUGUCCAAUUUGUUUUGAUUAUUUUCAUAAACAAGGUUCACAUCAAGCAUGCACAUUAAAAUGUGGUCAUAUUUAUGGUAGAUCAUGUAUUGAAAAGGCAUUAUUAUCAAAUAAAAUAUGCCCAUUAUGUAGAAAGAAAUCAUAUGCAAAAGAAUUAAUUCCAUUAUUUUUACCAACUGGUAUAUUCUCUAUUGACCCAAAUGAUGAUGCAUUAAACUGUAGAAAACUUUUAGCAGAAAAAGAAAGAGAAAUUCAAUUUUUAAAUAUGAAAUUAGCAAGAUAUAAAGCCAAACUAGAUAAAACUAUUGAAUUAAAACCUGUUGGUAUUGUCCCUUCAAUCUAUAAUAAUAAUAAUAAUAAUAAUAAUAAUCUAAAUAAUAAUUCAAAUAAUAAUUCAAAUAAUAAUUCAAAUUAUAAUUCAAAUAAUAAUAUAAAUAAUUAUUCAAUGAAUCAAAAAAGAAUUUCAUUACCAAGUUUAAUAAAACCAAUUGUUAAACCAAAUAUUGUUAAACAAGAAGUUGAUGGAUCGAUUAAUUUUAAAAUUCAUUCAAGAUAUAAUGUAAAAGGAUCAAGAGUAUUUGAUUUUUCAGAUAAUAAUGGUAUUAUAGUUGCAUCAUUCACAAAGAAUCAAGUUGAUUUUGGAUUAACUAAAUUAUCAUCAAUUGAUCCAUCAAGUUCAGAUUAUAUACCAAAUAUACAUAAUGGAUUUAUUCGUGAUGUAAAGAUUAAUAAGAAUGAUCCAAGAAUUGUUUGUACAGUUUCAAAUGAUAAAACUGUGAAAUUGAUAAAUAUUCAUACGAAAAGUCAAGUUUGUACUUAUAAACUAUCAAAUCCAGGUUGGUCAUGCGAAUUUGAUUCCGAUGAUAAAUUUAUUUUCUAUGCCAGUGAAUUUGGGUUCACUCAUAUGUUCGAUACUAGAAAUCUUUGUAAACCAAUUCAAACCAUUCCAAUGAGCACCAUUGGUUCACCCAUUUUCAAAUUAUUAUACGUUUCAAAAUCUGAAUCAUUGACACCACUAUCAGGUGAAGGUGAUUUUAAAACGGGUGGUUUGUUUUCAUCAUUUGGCGAUGGUUUAGAUUAUUGGGAUAAAUCUAUUCUAUUCAAUGCUUCAACCUAUGAUUUCAAUGAUACCUCAAAUCCAACACCUUUCUUUACAAAGAGUCAAGUUCCAUUAAGAGGACAAUGUGUCAAUAUUAACUACGAUCCAAUUUCAAACUAUUAUAUGGCAUCUUUCUUGAAAACAAAUACCUAUCAAAUGAAUUGUCAUGUGGUUUUUAAACAUAUGGGUAAAGGUUCAAUUCAAGAGGUUCGUACCAUCUAUACCGAUAUGAAACAAUCUAGCUUCUUUAAACCUACCAUUUUCACUUCAAAUCAUAAUAAACAAUCCUAUGUUGCUUCCUCUGCAAUGUUUGCACUUGGUCAACCCUCAAAAAAUGUAAACGUUUGGAAUGCAAAUGCUGGUUCACUUUCUCAAGUCAUUGAAACUAAUAAUCAAAUAUUUGAUUUAUUACAUAUAAAUUAUCAAAAUGAAGAAUAUUUAUUAACUUUAUCAUCUGAUGAAUUAAAUAUUUUUAAAAAUAAUUAA